UCUCUUUCCCACGCGCCGAGCCGCCCCAGGGGAGCCGCUCGCACAGCCGGAGCUUGACCGAUCCACAAACGACAGAGGAGCAGCUCGAGGCGCCCCCUGCCAGUGGCAAUUGGCCAGUGGGGAUGGAGGAGCUGAAGAGGCAACUUGAAGACGAAGCAGCACAAAACACGGCUACAGGCAGCACUCAACCAGCCCCUGAUCCGGCAGCCAGCUGGGCGUCAGCUGAGCAACUGGAGCAUGGUGAGCAGCAGACACCACACGGGCCGUGCACGGGCCCGACCUGAUGGUGUGUUCAUUGCUUGUUGCUUGUUGCUUGUCCGUGGUUCAUUCAGUGGUUGCCGAGCCGUCAUCGUCGCUCUUCUUGCAAGGGCAGGCUCUGCUGCUGUCCUACAAGGAGGCCUGUGAGGCCUGUCCAGACCGAGACGCCCUCGCCCUCUACAGCGACGACGUGCAGCUCUUCUUUCGGUCGCUCGGCAUCCGAUGGACCAGGUGGCGCGGCUCUGCCAGCCCCGUGUUCGUCGUCACCCUCGACCCGCCAGGCGGCCUCAGGCACCCUCCCCGUCUGUAUCAGCCCGACGAGCCGACAAUGGGCGGCCUGGUGAGAUCGCUGCGGCUGGCUGUCACCGGCCGCAAUGACCUUGUGAGGAGGCACGGGCUGUGUGGGUCACUGCCGCUAGACUGCCUGCCUGGUGAGCCGUCGGCUGAGGCGGUGGCCUUCUGUCAGACGGCUAGUCGUGAGGCCAAGAGACUGCGGAUGCUGCCGAGGGAACGGUCUCCGCUGUUGGCGGCUGUGGCUGUCAGCGACGCGCCGCCCACUGUCCAUGGAGCGGCGGAGGACGACAGCAAUCAAAAGGACGGUGAGGAGAGAAGUCACUUCUUACACACAGACAGUAUACGUUUCUCCCGCACUUGUAUAUGUCAGAUGCCGCCCCAGCCCCCGUGGCUCUUCCACCUGCUGCCCUGUCGAGCCGCCCCAAGCGUAUCAGACGCCCAAACCCGCGGCACCGCGACCACGUCGUGGACUCGCCGCCCAGGCGGCAACGGCGGCGCAACAGCGGCCGGAACAGGACUGGCAAGACACAGAAGCCACGUUCGCUGCUCAGGCUGGAAAGUACGCAGACCAAUCAAUGCUGCAAAGCCGACGCAUUUUGGUUGUACUCGACGCCAUCCCUCGUGUGUCUGUCUUGUGCAGGUUUCUCGACGGACGACGUGCGUCCGUCGGGGCCCCGCGAGCCACACAUCGACCCACCACCUCACCCGGCCCCUCGCCUGUGGAGGGAUCGCGAUCUGCUUGCUUCUCGGGCGGCCCGCGCCCCCACAUCACCGCAAGGCGACGCGGACGACCUCCCCUCCCUCAUAUCAAAGGCGGUAGCUGCCGGGGAGCAUCCCCGGCACUAUCGCGCGGCCCGCGGCCUCACAUCGUUGGAAGGUCGGUGGCUGCCAGGGAUGACAACGGACGCUCUCAGCCUCCUCAUAGCGAAGGCGGUGGCUGCCAGGGAGGAGAAUGCAACCCUCCUGGCAUUCGCGAGGCGGGACGUGCCACUCCCCAGAUCAUGCACCGCCAAGGAGCUGCACGCCACCGAGCAGGAGGAGGAAGGAGGGCGGCAGGGGGAGAACCAUGACGCUCCACCUGCCCGGCCCCUAUCGAGGCCGAGCAUCGAUGCCCUGCUUGGCGAGACCAGCAGCAGGAGCGGGUCAGAAGAUGGGCGGCUCACCAACAGCUCCACCAACUUGCUCGUGCAUGGCCCCCACCCGUCCCCCUCUCCCUCCCCACCACCGCCACCCCUCCCCCGCAGCGACAGCCAGCCCAGGUCACAGGGUGGUGAGGGUGGUGAGGGGCUACCCCCAGCGCCCCCCACUCCGGCCGCUCCGGCAACGGUCGAGCCGGGCGCUCUCCUCGGGAAGGUUCUCGGGGACAAGGGAGGCGUGUGCAAGACAUGGACGCCUCCGACCCCACGAAGUGGCCAGGGCGUCAGCUUUGAUAGGAAGCAGCAAGUAAGCUCACUCACUCACUCACUCACUUAGUCCCUUCCUCGCCGUGUACGGCGGAGAUGUAUUGAUGUGUGUCAUGCAGGCGUGGGUGGCAUUCUGGUGCGACAAAAGUGGCGGCUCGGUCUUCCCACGAUCGAAGGCCUUCUCAAUGACGGCACUUGGUGGAUCGGAGGUAGGGAGGAAAGGAAGAGACAGGGGGAGGGGGAGACAGGGAGAGAGGGAGGGACACACACCACACGACACCGGCACAUUUUCUGUGCCUUUCCUUCUUUCGUCAGGUUGCCCGUCGAUGCGCUGUCAGCUUCUGGAGCAUGAAGGGGCGAGAGCAGGAGAUUCGCCGGCAGAGACAGCAGCCGCAAGAGGCCGCCGUGCAGUGCAAGUAUGAACCGGACAACCAAUCAUGGCUUGUGAGUGCGUCUCUUGGAGGGCGUAAGAUCGGCUGGCAGAGGAUCGGUUGCCAGCGGUUUUCUGUCGCUGAGUGUGGAUCGGCCGAGCGGGCGAAAGCGCUGUGUCAGGCAACGGCGGAAGAAUGGAAGCAGGAGUUGUUGAAGCAGCCGAGCCAGCCGCCAAGCCUGCCCCCCGACCACCCGCCGGCCACGCCAGACCCCUCCCCUAGCCCACCUGCAGCAGCCCCAGCGCCCCCACAGUCUGACCAAGGCACGUCGCUUCCCGCAGCCCCUGCACAGCCCACACAACACCACCAGCAGCACAUAGCAGCAGCAGAACCACCACCACCACCAGCACCACCACCACCACUGGUGCAGCCAUCUCUUCAGCCGGUGCAGCCUCCUGCGCCCAGCUCAAGCACUGUCUCGCCGUCGAGUGGUGUGGCGGCGCUUGGCAUUGACCGUCUCGCGAUCAAGAUGGCCAGGGGCUUCCGGGCGGCCUCCCCCGAGCCUCCUUCACUAUCUUGGGACUCCCGGCGACGGACCUUCGUGUGUGAGGGGUCCGAGGAGAGGCUCUUCCCGAUCGGACAGGAGACGACUGCGACCGUGUAUGAGGCCUUCUUUGCAGCGGUGCAGCACCUGCGGCCGCAGCUCACUCAGGCUUCGAUCCGCUACCAAUCUGCCGACUAUUCGGAGCCUGCCCGUUUUCUGGUGUCUGUGGGGGGCCGGGUGGUCAAGACGGUGUGGCUGGAGGGCAAGGGCAAGGGCAAGGAGCGGCGGAGUGUGCGUGCGGUGUAUGAGGCGUUCGAUGAGGCCAAGAAGCUGGAGAACCGCAUCAACAGCACGCCCUUGGACCUGAGGCGGCAUCUGAUUGGGCGGCGCGUCGUCGACGACAUCGUAUCAGGCGCCAAGGCUCGGGAGGCCUUGAACACGCUGCAAGGGGGAGAUACACCAGGUGCUCCCUACAGCAACCAUUCCACCGUAGUGCGUGGAUCGAUUGCUGGUCUUCUCUUCCUCUCUUGUCUAUCCUUUCAGGUGGCCGCAAUGCUACAACAGCAGAGGGCGCUCGUCACAAGGCUGGCCCCGCGACAGAGCAGCCUGCAGUGUCGUCAGCGUCUGCAGAGGCAGCUGAUGCAGACGGAGGGCGGGGACGGCUGUCUGACCUCGUUCGUCGGGGGCGUGACCAGAUCAUGAUGGCGAGCCGGUCCACCGCCCUCUCGGCACUGGAGAGACUGGGGAGUGGGCAGCAAAUGGGCACAUCGCCAGGUCAGCCGAGACGCCACACGACAACACAGCCACUCACUCCAUCCAUCCCUGCACUUGAUCUAUGGUGACUGCAGGUAACCGCUCCAUCAAGUCUCCUAUCCGCGAUCCACAAGUCAGAUUCUCUGCGUCACCAUCGGCCGGCCACGUCGCCGACCAGACUGUCAGUGGCAGCAAGCGAUCCGCCGAAUCCCUGGCAGCCCAACAAAGCCACCAAGAGCCACCCCAGAAGCGCCAAAAGGCAGACGACCUCACCGCCGCUACGCCCGAGAUGGCCAUCAUCACUCGUGCAGCCGUGCCCGUCCACGAUAAGACGGCCACGGGUGCGCUGGCUGAUGCUGCGCCGGUGUCUGCGUGUGGUGGAGGGGAGUCGGGGCGCUCUGUCGCCCGAUCGUGUGGCGUGUCGGGGGAGGGGGAUGGGGAGAGGGAGAGGGAUGCGGCUGAGCCGUAUGACGUUGAGGUGUGCAUCUGCCCUGAAGAGUGAGGGGGGAUGAACACGGGCACGUCUAUCAUAUGCACGAGUUCACUCAGGGGGACUGAAAGAGUUGGAAGAAUGAAUGGAUCAUAUGGAUCAUAUGUACUAGAUAUAGGCAGGGCAGGCUGCAGGGAGGUUUUGACAGAUGGAUGAAUGAGGCAGCGGCCGUGGCAUGGUCUGCCUCUGUGUGUGUGUGUGUAUCCUGUGACUGCAUUGACUGCAUCCUCCCUCCCUUCAUGCUGGCUGCAUGGCGUCUUUUCUUGUUUCUUGCCUGACUGACUUACUGCUGAGGUCAGUGGGAGGGGUGAGGGCUGGGUGUGUGGGUCAAGGGUUUAGCUGUGCUCUCAACGUCUGUCUAUGUGCAUCCCAUGAACGUCUGUCUGUCUGUCUGUCUGUCUACACGUCAGAACGUCUAGGCUAAGCUAAGCAUAAUUGGUGUGAAGUGUUUGUUUGCGUCUGAGGCGAUAAAGGGCCUCCCGCCCGUCCUCUAUAUAUAACAUAAUUGACAUAUUCAUCAUUGAGUAGAUUCAUUCCGCUUGCCUGAUGCCAUAUGCAUGUCUAGUGUGUGUAGUGAGUGUAACUAGUGACUGCUGGCCGGCCAGGCUGGUGUGUGUUUAGCGCUUGCUUGGUGUUUGGUCGAGUGAGUGCUGCUGACUGACUCCAUCAAUUACGUGCAGUUGACUGGCGACGAGGACAAGUGAGUGCGGCGGGGCUGACAGACAAAUGUGUCCAUCACAUAAAUG